AUGGACGCUCGAGGUGUCGAUGUGGUGAUGGUAUCUAAUGCAAGUAUUCCCAUCCCCACAAGGAAGCUUAGUAAGGAAGAGCUGUGGAGAAUUGAGCAUGAGAAACUUCAUGAGAAGCACAAAGGUCACGAGGCAAUGCAUAUGGAAAUGGUACUUAUAUUAUUUGCAACUCUUGCCGUUGCACAAGUUGUCCUUGUAAAAUGGAAGAAAUAUCACUAUAAGUCAUAUCAGACUGUUACUCUUGUUGGAAUGUGGCUUAUCCCAAUGUACUUUAAUAUCAAGCUUUCAUACUUGAGAAUGAUUGUAAUUUGGAGCUUGUUUUCACUAGCAACUGGGUUUAUUGUAUUUAAAGCUACUAGAAGUCCAAUAUCUAAUACCACACCAAGGCUAGUUUAUAAAUGGUUCUACACUGUACACAAGGUGACAUAUUUCUUGGGUGUUGCUGGGUAUUUUAUUAUCAUGCUCACUCUACUAGGAGUCAACCUUAUGUUUAUGAUAAGACCAGAGACAUCCAUGGAGUUUGGUAUUCUAGUCAUGUUUUAUGGACUGUAUUUUGGGGUCCUUGGAAGAGACUUUGCUGAAAUCUGUGCAGAUAAAAUAGCCUCAAAAAUAGGGUAUUACAGUACCACAGGUCUACCUCACAGAAGUUUAGAGACAAAUAUAUGUGCUGUGUGUGGCCAAGAACUAAUACUAAAUAGUGUAGAUGAAGAUGAAAUGCCUGAGAAAACCUACAAACUUAGUUGUGGUCAUGUCUUCCAUGAGUUCUGCAUCCGUGGUUGGUGUAUAGUUGGUAAGAAGCAAACCUGCCCAUAUUGUAAAGAGAAAGUGGAUCUGAAGAGAAUGUUCUGCAAUCCAUGGGAGCGUCCACAUGUCCUAUUUGGUCAACUUUUAGACUGGUUAAGAUAUCUUGUUGUCUGGCAACCAGUUAUAAUUGUCAUUGUUCAAUGUAUUAUAUAUCUUUUAGGAUUAGAAUAAAUAAUAAAUGAAAUUUCACUUUAAUUUAAUACAUUAUUUUCAUGAAUUAGUGUUAAUACUCCAAUUUUGAGUUCAGGUUGCUCUGUGUUAGCCUCAAAACCAAACAACAUAUUAUUCUUUUGUUUCACUGAUGGCAUGGAAUUUGUUAAGAAAGACAAUAGAGCGGAUUUCGUAUGACUGUGCAACGGCACAGACACGGAACGCCACAGUCACGGAACCUCGCCUUUCAGGAUUCCAAAUAAAAAUAAAGAUUUAACAAUACAUCACUGCUACGGCACGGUACGGUUACAGCGUUAAAGUACCGUGUUUUUUGCACGGUCAAAUGAAAUCUGCUCUAAAUUAAAGUUGAUUUGAAAUUUCACACUGUUACUCUCACAAUUAGGAAUAUAGACUUGCCCAAGUCAGACUCUCUUUUACUCCCAGGAAUAGGUGAAUAUUGAGCGCAAAGCGCGAUGGUCGAGCACGGAGCGUGAGAGGCAAGCUGCAAGGCGGUUCGAAAAAUGGACUUUGCAAAAGUCUAUUAGGAAUACUAUUCACACUAAUGAGGCUAACACAGAGCAUUGGAGAAUUCGAAACUGGAGUAUUCACAGGGUUUUUCCAGGAAGUAUUUUAGGGGUAAAUGAAAAAUCUAAAAUGGGGAGUAAAAUUCAGGUUCAAUGAACUUUGAACAACCAGGCCCUGGAGUGUAUUAGCCUUCACUGCCAGCAGUCUGUGGUUUUAGGGGCACCCUAAAUGUAGGCACAGAUCAGUUAUUAUUAUAUAAUAUAUGUAAUAUAUACAAUCCAUAUGAGCAGGCGAUCUGUAUGAGGAUUUAAAACAGCGAGCUGAAAGCAAGCUGUUUUAAACCUCAUACAGAUUGCACGAGAAUAUUGUAUAUUACUUAUGAAAAGUUGUCGGAGGUAAACUAGCUGAGGUUUUAAAGAAACUUUUAAAAAGAAAUUCAGUCUGACUGAGAAAAUCAGAGUUAAAGUUUAUGCAAAUGAGGAAGAAAUCUGUAUGUAAUAUACAACUCUCUUCAUUUAUAACAUUAACUAAAAUCAAAACAAGUCAACCUUAUAAGACAUCUACUUGUUUUCUUGUAGUAUUACACACAGUAACCAUCCUAAUUUCAAAAUUAUGUGCUAGGUUUUUGGACCACUCGUAGUUCAAUAAAUUGUUCUGUAAUAAUUUUAUAAAAAUGUUUUAUUUCAUUUCUUUGAAUUAUUAUACAAUAAAAUGAUUAUUUCUUC